UGAAACCUGUCUCGUGAAGCAGCAGGUAAAGGAGAGGAGGAAAAGAAAAUAAAAGCUCUCUCUUUAACUUCUUUCCUCUCCUCAUCCUCUUUCUCUCUGUUUCUCUGUGCAAAUUCCACUCUCUCUCUAUCUAAACAAAACUUUUUUUUUUUGGGGUUUCUCUUUCUCCAUUGGAAUUUCAAUACCCAUAUUCAUUCUUUGCUUCCUCCUUUUAUAUCACGAGAUCCCCAUCCCUUUCUCUCUUUCUUUUUUCCUUCUCAUGUCUUCUUCGAAGCUUGUAGUUGCAGUUUUAUGUUUCUCUGUUCGUGCUUCUUGUAGGGUACCUUCUGGUUCCAUUAUCUAGCUUUUGUGAAACUUGAGAAGGGGAGAGAGAGAGAGAGGAUUUGAGACCCCCCCUUUUGUGGUAGAUUCGCGGGAAAAUGUCGCAUUCUGGGAAGCCCAUUUCCGAGCUAGGAGUCGAUGCUCUCAACGACCGAUUCCACGGCUCUUUGAGCUGUGAGGCCAACAAGCCGGAUUUUCGAGAACUCGACUUGGGCUCGCCGGUUUCGCCAUUGCGGACACGUCAUAGUGUACCUGCUGCCAGUGCCAGCGGACUCACCACUACUAGUAGUAGUUCGAGUUCAUCUGGAUCGGUUUGCGGACGAAACGGGUACAAACCGGUCGCCAAACGAUCUGAUUACGACCCGAAUAACCACUCCGGCGAGCUCUCCGGCUCCGGUGAGAACAGUCCGACCGCCGUAGGGAAUGCCAGGAACUUCAAAUCGCCUCAAGCAAGAUCAGAUUCCAAGACCACCCAACCAUUAAUUUACUCUGGCCAAAGCUCCUCUGUGAAUUCGCCGCCGCCGAAUUUUCUUCCCACAGGCAAUAUCUGUCCGUCCGGCAAGAUUCUGAAGACCGCUGCCGCGGUCAGUCGGAGCUCCAGGACGGACGUUUUGGGUUCUGGGAUAGCAAAUUAUGGCCAUGGAAGCAUAAUGCGGGGCGGUGCGACUUCCAAAGGCAACGCUGGAGGAAUGACCAGUGCGGCCAAUGCGAGGCCGAGCGGUGGAGGUGUCGUCACUGACUCAAUGAAGCGAGCGGUGGUGGAUCCAGAAGAGGUGAAGAGAGCAGGGAACGAGCAGUACAAGAGGGGCCACUUCGCCGAGGCUCUGGGUCUGUACGAUCGAGCAAUUACAUUAUCCCCUGCUAACGCAGCCUAUCGGAGCAACCGUGCAGCCGCAUUGACUGGUUUGGGACGGUUGGCCGAGGCUGUGAGGGAGUGUGAAGAGGCUGUGAGGUUAGAUCCCAAUUAUGGGAGGGCACAUCAACGCUUGGCUUCUCUUUAUCUACGGUUAGGGCAAGUUGAGAAUGCCAGGAAACAUCUCUUCUGCCCUGGGCUGCCACCUGAUCCUUUUGAGUUGCAGAAAUUGCAAUUAGUCGAGAAGCAUAUCGGGAAAUGUACUGAUUCCCGGAAGAUAGGUGAUUGGAAAAGUGUGCUCAGGGAAAUUGAUGGUGCCAUUUCUUCCGGAGUAGACUCUUCUCCUGAGCUCUUUAUUUGUAGAGCAGAAGCCCUUUUGAAACUCCACCAAGUUGAUGAUGCUGAAUCAAGUCUGUUAAACAAUCCCAAAUUAGAACCACAUACUAACUUCACUUCACAGGCAAGAUUUUUUGGGAUCCUUUCUGAAGCUUAUUCCUUCUUUGUGAGAGCUCAGAUUGAGAUGGCCCUGGGAAGAUUUGAGAAUGCAGUUACAGCUGCUGAGAAAGCUGGUCAGAUUGAUCCCCGGAACAUCGAAGUUACCGUUUUGCUAAAAAAUGUAAGGAUGGUGGCGAGAGCUCGAGCGCAUGGCAACGAUCUUUUCAAAUCUGAAAGGUUCACUGAAGCUUGCUCAGCAUAUGGGGAAGGUUUGAGGCUAGAUCCUUCAAAUUCUGUUCUUUACUGCAAUAGAGCAGCUUGCUGGUUUAAGCUUGGACACUGGGAACAAUCAAUUGAGGAUUGCAAUCAAGCUUUACGUUUCCAACCUAAUUACACAAAAGCUCUUCUACGUAAGGCUGCAUGUAAUAGCAAGUUAGAAAGGUGGGCAGAAGCUGUCAAAGAUUAUGAGAUCUUGCGGAGAGAUCUUCCAGAUGACAGUGAAGUAGCUGAAGCUCUGUUUCAUGCCGUAGUGGCAUUAAAGAAAUCUCGUGGAGAGGAAGUGCAUGAUUUGAAAUUUGGUGGUGAGGUGGAAGAAGUAUCUGGUCUUGAGCAAUUCAGAGCAGCAAUAGCAUUACCAGGUGUUUCCGUGGUCCAUUUUGAAAUUGCAUCUAACCCACAAUGCAAGCAAAUCUCACCAUUUAUGGGUACAUUAUGUGGCCGGUAUCCUUCUAUUAACUUCCUUAAGGUGGAUAUUCAAGAAUGCCCAACAGUUGCAACGGCUGAGAGCGUUAGAAUUGUACCUACAUUCAAGAUCUACAAGAAUGGCUAUCGUGUGAAGGAAAUUGUGUGUCCUAGUCGUGACAUGUUGGAACACUCUGUGAGGCAUUAUAGCUUUUAGAACUCAUGACUUGUACUUCUCUGCUCUAUCUUCUGCAAUUUCUCUUGCUGUUAAGACCUCUGGUUGAACUGAAACUCUCAAGCUAUUCCGUCUCUUGAGUCAUUCCAGUUUCUUGAUCCCGUUCCCACCACAAAAUGAUCAGCUGAUUCCUGUGACCUAGCUGGAACAGAACCACAGAUAAUAAAUCUCAUUAGUAGCCAACGCCAGCGGAACCCAGAGAUGGUCUAGUUCCUUUUACAGUUUUUAUUUAUUCAUUCAUUCCUCAUUGUUUUCUGGUUCGUUCUUUUCCUAUCUCCCUUUGUCAGUUUUCUUUCUAUCUUCUUUCCAGUUCAUCUAGGUCAGCUAGUACUGUGUCCCCAUCUUUCACUAUGAUUGAAAAAAGCCAAAAAAAGGGGGAAGAUUUUACAUGUCUGUACAUUUGAUUUAAUUGGCAGUUUAAUUACCAUUAAGUUAAAUAGAUAGAUAGUCAAAUAUAAAGAGAAAGAUGAGGGGGUUCUGUUGGUAGAGGGGGAUCUGUACAUGUAUAUAUGUAAUGAUACAUACCGACCAAAUAUUGGAAGCCUUUGAGGAGAUUUAAUGAGUGCUGGGUGGGCACCUCCAGAAAUGAGGAUUAUUAUGUUGUUGUUAUUAUCAUUUUUCUAUCUUUAGCCACGUAAUGAAUAAAAUUUCCCAUUUUUUCUUGCUUCGGCAUCA